CCCUAAUUGAGUGAUUAAAAAUAUGUUUAAAAAAAACAAUGUGAAAUGAUCAAGAAAUUAAGAGAGGCAUGUUUAGUAUAGUAUACUAGAUUUGAGAAUCAAAACUAGAUUUUGCAAAAAGAAGCAAUGACAUUCAACUAUUAAGUAACGCCCUAACUGACAAGAUACGAGGUUGACAAGAUGUGGAAAGAAGGGGAAUCGCACAUGAGGCAUCUCAGGCCAUAUUUUCGAUGUAUGAUUAGCAUUUGAUCAGCAUUUGAUAAUCUAAAAGUAAAUAUUAGGGGGUGGAUAUAGCCUACAAUCUACCUUAAACUAUACGUAGCUCUACCAUUGUCGUACACACACAAACUUAGGGCGUUAGCUAGUGAUUCUUGGCAAACAAAUCAUAACUAAUUGUUAGAACUUAGUUAUCUUAUUAGUCACUAAUGUUAAACAUCAAGGUUUUGAUUCCCCCGUAUGUCUCCUUCUUACAUUUUCUUUUCUUCCUUCGCAUCUAAUUUGCCUUUUAGUUUUGGCUUAUUCUCCAAAGAAAGCGAAAGCUUCUACCUCUUGUUUUGGCAUCCUCUUCACAAGCAAUCAAAUAACAUAGUUAUUUGUUGUACAAAAUUUUGUUUAAUGACAGAUUGAUUAAACUUCACUAGUUUAGUGAGCAUAUAGAAAUUGGGUCAUACCCUGAUCGGUCUUAGUCUCACAGUUGUAGAGUCUAGUUCAAAGUUGCUUCCGAUUGCAAGCAAUUAUGAGCAUAAGAACUGGAUCAGAAGCGAAUUCGUUGUUAUAUCAGUUUUCCCAAGAAAAAAUCGUGAAAUUGAAAGAAUAAUAGUUAUUAAAUUUGUGAAUCGCAAUUCUAACGAACCAUUGAUCAUUGUUCGAGUAGCUUGACAUUCUAUCCUGCUAAUGUCUGUAAAACAUGAGUAGGUUAAGAGAGAGAAUAUACGUGAUCGUCUUGAUUUAUAUACAAGUGAAGCAGUAAAUGAUGAACCUUUAGAGUAGGUUCUAUCCCAUUGACAAGGAAGAUACAAGCGAGUCCAUCAAUUCCAUAGACCAUUGAUUGUUAGGUAUAACAUAAUCGACACCCAUUAGCCCCAAAGCCUGAAACAACUAGACUACAAAAUCAAACGAUGUUAACUCUAACAAAAAUAUUGAAAAAGCUUUACUUGUUAGUUGUUACUAUAUGAGCAAUUCAAUCAACAACCCGAAAAACCACCCUAAACGCUACACAAGAUCUACUAACUUAUACAACCAUAGUGUUGUAUUCGAGUCUUCAAAACAUCACUAUUAGCAUUCCCUUAUUAUUUAAUAACAUAUUUCGUGUAUAUUUAUUGGGAAGGAAUAGUCAAUUUGCUUAGAAAGAGUCCACAUAGUAAAAUUCCUCUUCUCUUAUUGAAUUUUUGCUACAAGAAAAUACAGCUAGCUAGUCGCCUUGGCCCGGCGGAGAGCACGUAAGAGAACCACUCCAUCGUAUUAUGACUUAUUGAAAAAAUGCUAAUAAUUAAAUUCAAUAGAUUCCUAAAACUCUAAAACACUUCCAUGCGCUAUAUUAUAUACGAAAAAUAGAAAUCAUGCCUUUGAAAAAGACUGGAAAAAUAGAAUAAUUGUUAAGGCCGGAAUUGCUCUGUCAUCUAGACAAGAAGAAAGGCGGCAAACACAAAUAUUUAUAAAAAGAUGAUAUCAACUAAUUAACAAUUGAGACGCAAUUUAACACAACUUAAUCUUGUGAUUAUUUAAUAAUUGAUUGGGGAAAGAGGUAAUGGGUCUCACUAAUUAAGCUUUCCAUCUUCAAAUGCUUGUUGGAAGUCAAACGAUGAUAACCAAACUUGUCAUUAGACCAAAUGAUAUCGUAUUACAUUUGGACAAUAUCACCACAAAACUAUACAAGCUUAGGGUGGGUAAGAAAUUGAUUUGAAAAUAAAGGAAAAGAUCGAACAAGCAACAUACCAUAUGAAGAACUAAAAAGUCGAGUAGGUCUCAGCAUAUAUAUCAACAGUGUCAACUUUCUCAUAGAUAAUCUCUUAUACCAUUAAAUAGUGGCAAAUCAAGGGGGAGGCCUGUCCCGGCUACAACCCAUUGAACCCAGCCCUUCUCUGGUUCUAGAGUUAGUAUAACAAUCGUAACUUUUUUAAUUUUUGGUAUUCGGUCCAGUACUAAUCGGGUUACAGCUCUACCCUCUUUGUGCCUCUUUUCAAAUGUGAUUCAGUGAUCUAUUAUGUCCUGAAUCCGACGAUGACACCAAGAUUAAAAAAAAAAACAUUAACAACCUAUUUCACAUUGUAUCUUGGAAUUGUUUCGUUCCAACUUUGAUCCAUUCUCGUCGUAGCUAUAUUUAGGGUUCAUAUUGAGAUAUUCGUGGGAAGAAAAGUUGCUUUCGGUCCUAUCUGUUUCUUGGUAAGUGCAGAGGAAAUGGGAGGGGGGAAAAUUAUGGAGAGACAGAAAAGGAUGAGAAGAAGAGAACAAGAGAUGGGACAAAGAAGGAACCAACUACGUACUGAUCAUUGAGUUCUUUCUUUCUUUCUUUCACAGUGAAAAAAGGAGUCCCAAAGCUUGACUGUGACUUGACAUAUCGGCUUGGCUCGUUACCAAUUUUCUCUUCUUCUUCUUCUUCUUCUUCUGGGGCCUCUCUCUGAAUCGUCAUUGUCAGAAAUGGUGCAUGCUCAACAGUAAAACCAGUCUGAUAUCUAUAUCUAUGGUCUGUGGACAUAGAUGGAUAGUAUAAAAGUGAGUGUAUGUGUGUAUGGCCCUGAAUUGAUUCAAGAGUUUAAUAUCAAUCCGACUAUGGUUCUCACAAGCUGGGCGCUGUCGGAUUAAGUUUUGGGCGCGCCCAUAGUGGGUUGGAUGCGUUGACACUUUAUUUAUAAAAUUGUCAUCACGUCCAUCCAAUGAUCAGGAGGCGCCUAGCGUCUGAUCCGACAACUUAGAAUAUUUAUGAGUAUGUAUUAUUCCUAGAUUGAGUCGUGAGCACAGGAUAGUCGGAUUUGUUCUAUAUGCAUCUCAAUUCAUAACAUGACACAUGUAUUUUUUUUUUUAAAUAUGAAACCUUUAAUUCUAAUAAUUCGAGUUUUGCUAAGAGAUCUCCGGGGCUCCAACUCAAUCGGGAAGAAAAAAUGAUCCUUCGUGCGGGCCACUAUGUCAUGAACCAACUGAUCCCCAAUAAUUCGAGUUGCCGAGAGAGGUCCAUGUAUGAUAUUUAACCACUUCCUUACACGCCCCCUCAAACGAAAGCCAAUUCAUAAGCUUGAAGUUUACACAUGUCUACCAUAUCACGUGCUUUUAAAGACAACUAUUAAUAUUCGGGUCGAGAGGAGUUGAACAUGUAACCUCAAAGAAAAAUCCACUUUGAUACCAUAUUAUAAACCAACCGGUCACAAUAUCUCGAGUUGUGAAGAGUAGCAUAGUAGUAUGUUUGGUGGCAUUUUACCGAAUUUUCAAAGGUUUGCUGUUCCAAAUGUAAUUCUCGACGCCAAGGUUAGUUAGGCCGGUGUAAUCAAUAAUCACAGAUGGGCCGAAUUCGUCAAAGGCCCAUGAGAUGCAAGUGAGGAGUUACUUGGCAUGGGCUUGAGAUAAUCAUUAGCCCGAUCCAGCCCAAAGUCAUGGUAUCAAACGACGAAGAUGAAACAAUGGCCGAUCGAGUGAUCGGUAAAACAAAACUGAUAAACUUGCAGUACGAUUUCUCCAUCUCUCUCGCGUAAUCCUUGGACGCAAGGAAACGAAUUUACUUCUCUUCCUCUCACCGUAAAUUCUCCUAUCCCUUACAUAUAUCAAAAUUCCUUCCUUCCGGGAUCAGUCGAUUUCCUUCCAAAAAUAGUAAAAGCUUCCACGGCGAUAGGAAGUAGCACCACCAGAGCAGUGGAAAAAUGGCGGCGUCUCAUGUCGAUGACUUAGAACAGCUUCUUGACAGUGCUCUCGAUGAUUUCCAAAGUCUCAACCUCGCGCCACCGUCUUCACAAAGAACUGCUGGCGGCGGGGGAGGGGAUGGUGGCGAUAAGGAGAAGAGCAAGGUGGGGGAUUCAGUUCAUGGUUUGCCGACUGGGGUUCAGGGUUUAGGUAUGGGACUGCCGCAACUGAAGAGCAAGAAGAAAGGGAAACAAAUGGCAGCGGCUUCUUCGAAGGAUACUCAUGUGGCUGAGGCGCUUGAUAAGCUUAUGGAGCAGACUAAAGAGGCUGUGCUGGGAUUGGAGUCCGUCACUGGCUCGAAGGGUGGUGGUGAUAAUAAGGAUGCUAUGGUGGAGGAUUGGGUUAAGCAGUUCGAGGAGCUUGCCUCUGGCCAGGACAUGGCGUCUCUUGUAGACACCAUGAUGCAACAGCUGCUGUCUAAGGAGAUUCUUCAUGAACCCAUGAAGGAAAUCGAAGGGAGGUAUCCGGCAUGGUUGAAAGACCACGAAUCAAGUUUGAGUAAAGAGGAUUUUGAACGUUAUUCCAAUCAAUAUGAACUUAUAAAGGUUCUCAACGAGGUCUAUGAGAAUGAUCCCAGUAACUACACCAGGAUCACCGAGCUCAUGCAAAAGAUGCAAGAAUGCGGACAGCCACCUGAUGAAAUCAUCCGGGAACUUGCACCUGAUCUCGAUUUGGCUACUCUCGGUCAAAUAACACCCGAGAUGAUGGAUUCCCAACAAAACUGUAGCAUAAUGUGAAGGAAGGAAUGGAAUGCCUUAGUUAUUAAUGGAUCAAGUCACCAUCUUCCUUUUCUCUGUGAAACAUUUAUUUGUCUUGGUAACUUUCAUGGAUAAUAAUAAAAUUAAAGCAGCAUACUUUAGUUUUGAUGCCAAUACAAAGCAGUGUGAUUGGGAAUUUUAGGGCUUUUUUAUUCAUUCAUCUUUCACAACAGUCACCCAUGUAAAGCAAACCAGAAGGCAUUGUUCCAUUUUGUUCUUUAAGUUGUAGUUGCAGGAGUGGGUUUAGACAAUGGCAGCUUAUAGGAUAGUUUGCUUUGAAUGAAUGGAUUGGGUUUCA